AUGAGUGACGACCGGUGGAAUCAAUUUCGUCCAUGGGUGCUCUUCAUCGGUUGCUGUUUCCUAUUCGGCCUGUUGUUGUUGGCGAUCUUCGUGUUUAGCGUGCCAUCCCGCAGAAGAAACGAACGUCACGAAUCGCACAGAGACGGUGGGAUUACCACACGGACAGAAGAAUGGCCCCUUUGCGUAGGAAACCGUCUCGUCAACAAGGGUUCACAUUACGAGAAAGAAUCGGCCGGAAAUCGUUUGAAAUCGAAGACCACGCCGUGCAGAGUUCAGCAAUACAAGACGGAGCAAGUGGUGGCAUGUCUAGACGAGCUCAACGACCUAGAGAAUGUUAUCGGAAAUCGAAGCAGGGAAUUGCAUUUUGCGUUCAUCGGUGAUUCCCGAACACGGCAACAAUUUUUCAACUUUGUCAGAUUGAUUCCGCAGUACGACAAGACAUCGAGCCCCAUUAUAAUCCCCGAAAACUAUCAUAACGACGUUGAGGUUAGCAGCGUUCUGCUCAACAUCCGAGUGUCCUUUAAAUGGCGACCGCUCGUCAGCGAUGACGUCACGGAGGAGAUACGUCGGUGGGUGAAUUCUAACGAAACCGACCGGCCGUAUUUGAUUUUCCUCGGUAUGGCAGUAUGGCACAUGCUUCAGAGCGAAGGCGCGGACUACCAACUGUACCGGAAGAAACUUUUGAAUUUGGCUCCGGUUCUCGACCAAUUGGCGAACGAGAGCCAAAUCAUUUGGCUGAAUCAAUACCCAAGUGUAGAUUUCAAUAAAGAAAUUGGCGUCUUUAAAACCGAUGGCAUUACGUCAGAGAAAAUUCAUGGCUACAACGAAGUUGCUCGGCGUUUAUUCGAGAAUCACAGCAACGUUCGCGUAUGGGAUACGAGCAAUUUAUUUGCCGAAGAGUACGUCCGCGCUUGCGCUGUUCUGGAACGAGACGAGCAAUCAUCGCCGCUGAGAAGAUGUCCCUCCGUCCAGUACAAUUGCAAUGAUUUUUUGCACACGGGUGACGUGGCUCUCUCCCAAGCCACGCAGCUUUUAGUGAACGACAUCUGUAACGUAUUUGACCUGAAUAGAGAAGCUGGUGUCUGA